AUGGCUGCACUGAGAGCCAAAGAACAUUUUCCACUUCACGGGGUCGGCGGGUUCAAGAAUGGUUAUUGGAGUCAUGAUUACCGAAUUUUACCCUUUUAUUCAAUUCAUGUCAUUGGUUGUCACCCCGUGGUGGUCAUCAUUGACAGUAAACUCACCGCAAUCGACACCCAUAUGCCUAACGCACCCACCGGUGGUGCUAAUCAACGCUACCCCGCGGCCAAUAACCCCUUAAUACAAACAAAUAAUUCGCAACGACCUGAACGACACUCAACGGGAAUUCACGGUACGGACGUCGGGCCUGACAGCCAGUGGCAGUGCAUUGUCACCAGUAAUACGGUUAUCGAUCAACUAGUGGUAGGCGUGGACUAUAUGUCCGGUUCAUUACUGAAUGUUAUUUACGGCAAUAGACAUCGUGUGAUUGUAUUCAAAGUUGAUCAUGUUCACAGAGUACAGAAAUCAGAAGUGACUGAAUGGGAUGAAAUAAAAGGUGCCCGUAAAUGUAUCCAGCUCAAUAAAACCAUAAUUAUGGACCAAAACCUUAUGGCACCCGCAAAUCCCGGGCGGCUAAACAGUCGGUCCCUACCCUUUCCGGCCUUUAAACAGUCACAAAGCUUGACAGCUAUGGCUGUGAAAGAUAUACGUCGGGCUGUUAUGACCCAAACAAAGUACUGGUCUAUAUGUCAGCGAUUGACACACGGGGACGAUAUUCCGGGCCAGUUAUGGUGGGCCGAGUGUGUGGCCGGCGCUCAGCACACGUUCUCCAGGGCUGUCGCCGACAAUCACUUUGCGUUCAACGUGUGCGCCAACAGCUAUACGUGCGUUACGUACAAAACAGUCGGUGCACUCAAUCAGCAAUACGUGGCCCACAAUCGGGCCGACAGUAUGUCGGGCACCGACGCCGGGACUGACAGUCAGUGGCAGUGCAUUGUCACCAGUAAUACGGCUACCGAUCAACUAGUGGUAGGCGUCGACUAUAUGUCCGGUUCAUUACUGGAUGUUAUUUACGGCAAUAGACAUCGUGUCGUUGUAUUUAAAGUUGAACAUGUUCACAGAGUACAGAAAUCAGAAAUGACUAAAUGGGAUGUAAUAAAAAGUGCCCAUAAGAGUAUCCAGUUGAAUAAAACAAUAAUUAUGGACCAAAACCUCAUAGCACCCGUAAGUCACGGGCGGCUAAACAGUCGAUCCCUACCCUUUCCGGCCUUUAAACAGCCACAAAGCCUGACAGCUAUGGCUAUGAAAAAUAUACGUCGUGCUGUUAUGAUCCAAACAAAGUACUGGUCUAUAUGUCAGCGGUUGACACACGGGGGCGAUAUUCCGGGCCAGUUAUGGUGGGCCGAGUGUGUGGCCGGCGCUCAGCACACGUUCUCCAGGGCUGUCGCCGACAAUCGUUAUGAUAAACACUAUUUGAUUGUGAAAAUGGAUGCAUUGGUCAUCAUAUUGUUCCAAAAAGUGCCUGAUGCUAUUGUUGAGUCUAAACGUAUUCGUGCUGGGCUUAUUGUCAUGUCCUAG